AUGGCCCCAGCUAACCACGCUGAAGCCAUGAGUGUGCUUCUUGAGUCUGCCGAGUUCUCAGACCUUAUUCUGGCGUGUCAGGAUCAAGAGUUCCUGGUGCACCGCGCCAUCGUGUGUCCUCAUUCCGCUUUCUUCAGCAAAUCUUGUAGCGGAGAUUUCAAGGAGGCAUCCUCAAAGAGGAUUGAACUGAAAGAAGAUGACCCCGCCACUGUCAAGCGAAUGGUCUCCUACAUGUACACUUUCGACUACGAGGAUGAAAAAAAUCAGAGUCUUAAAUCCGACGAUCGAAGUUCUGUAUCACCGGAGGAGGGUGAGGAGGCCGUGGAAAUUACUUCUGUCAAAAGCGACAUCGUUUCCGACCACAACGAAAACCAGCCUGCGCUUGUCAGCAGCGUACGCGUGUACGCUAUUGCUGAUAAAUAUGGCAUUCCACCACUAAAGGAGCUCGCAAGACAAAGAUUUUGCGAUUGGGCGGAAACCAACUGGCUUCACGAGGACUUUUGCAGUAUUGCACAAGAGAUAUUCAGUUCAACCCCCCACAACGACCGGGGACUUCGGGAUGUCGUUGUCCAGAUUGUGGCAAUGCAUGCGAACGAUCUCAUUCAGAAAGACGAAUUUCGCAGUUUAGUGGAGGAAGUUGGCGACCUUGGACUAGGCAUACUGUGUCAGGUACUGAAACAACACUCCGAGAAAGUAUUGGACCUGGAUUCUCGGAUUGAAGAGUUGGAAGCUGAAACUGAAAUGCUCAAAGCGCAGGUAGAAGAGCGUGAACAAAAGCUGAGCCGCCAAACGAGCGAGACAGAGUUGAUGAGGCCCCUUGCGGCCUGUAUAAGGAAAAUCAUUGCGGCGGCAAAGUGGAGUAGGUCAUACCACCAAAACGCGACAAGGUACAAGGGCUUCCGGUAUCCUGAGCAAGGCAUUGACCGCGACGAUGGAGGUCUCAGGUUCCAGGACGAUGAGACAUAUCUUUGGAGCACCGCGAAAGCUCCUCCCAGUGUUUCUUGGGGGACGAUCUUGCAAGCUCUGUUCGAAACCGAUGGACAACCUCAAAAGCACACGCCCCCUCACCAUCGAGACCAUCCGCGGCGGACGAGAAUCGACGUCCGCGAGGAACAAGGACUCCUUUACGACGUUCUGGUUCGCGGUCUCAGCCUUUACUUUGGCCUUGACUUUCGCGGUAAUUUCGACCGUGACAGGGAUUUUGCAGAAUUGGAAGGCCUUUCACCCGACAUCUAG